AUAAAUAAAUGUUCAUGAACUCCUUGGAUUACGGAUAUAUAUUUAAGAAAAGUGGUGUUUAUUAGAAUUAAAGUAGAUUGUUUUUACGUGGUUUUACUUAAACAUGAUUGAAGUGGACACUGUCAGGAGGAAUUUUAAUAUAGGUCACUAUGAUCCGAACUACAUGUUGCCGACCCAUCCCUUGUCGGGGGGAAUGGCGGGGCCUCACCUGGACCACCGGGUGCUCGUGCACUGGAACCAGACCAACGCCGGAAGUCAGCAGCCUGUGUCCGCCGCCCUCAAGUCGGAUGAGGAGGAAGACGACGAUGAUGAGGACCGACCAUUCACUCCACCUCCACCCCGGGAGCGCCUUUCAUAUACGCGCUACCAGCUCGAACUCCUCAAUGGCAUCUUUCUUGAGGUCCGUUACCCUAAUUCUACACAGAAACAGCUCAUCGCCAAGCGGGUCGGCAUCACCAGGGACCAGGUCAAGAUAUGGUUCCAAAAUAGACGCAGGAAAGAAGUAAUCGGGAAUUCUGGGAAGGCCAAGUCAUCAGACACGAGCAUGAGUAGUUCGUGCAGUUCCGGAAUUGCGGAGUCACAUAGUCCCGCAGCAGACGACAAUGAAAUUAGUUCCUCAGACGAAAAUAAUUGUUUUAAAGACAGCAAUGAGACAGUGGUGCCAUCAUUGGUGAUGAAAAGUAUCAUUGGUGAACUGAUAAAAUUUACGAAUGAUCCUUUAAAAGGAAAGAAAAUUAGAAAAAAAUCACGUGCCAAACAGAGGGAAAGGGAAAAAAAUAAUAAGCUUAAAAAGGGCCUUGCAACUACAUUAUUACACGGUGCUUAUGACAUGAUAUCCCCACCUAACCAAGUCACCCCGACAGCUUUCUUCGAAAAGAUGAAAAACGGUUUCAACCACUCAAAGAACUCAUCUGCAUUUGCUAGUCCAAGAGAUAACCCCGCAAAGCCAGCUCAAAUUAGCAACAUAUCGAGUACAAGUGACACUCAAGUGGAACAAGUUCACAGUGCUGUAUUGGUCAGCAGCAGUUCACGGACACUUCCUGUAACCAGCGUGAGAGGUGGCGGGUACGACCGUCCUCUGCCGCAGAUACCCACGUCUCUCAUGAAUGCGGGAUAUCCACUACCCGCAUACACACAGUACACAAGCAGUCUUCCAAACGACUUUCCAGUGUUAACAGACAUUCUUGCUUACAAGACGUCCAUUGACAGUCACAUGCGCGCACAGAAGGACCAGCAGCAUCCGCCAUCGCAGCUGCCACCACCGACGCAUCAAAUCGCACCACUACAACGGCGACCCGAUGCCGAUAAGAAUUUUCCGCCCAACCCGAUUAACGUCUUCUCUCCCGGAAGACCCCUGAGCGGGUUCUACCCAUAUCCGUUCCUGGCGGAGCAGCCAAUGAUGUUGUCGUCCAUGCGUCAAAUGGACCACAUCUUCCGACCAGCGCCCCAGUACCCAAGCCCGCAUUUCUCGGAUGAUCCCUAUCAGCCAUUGUUCAUCUCGUCGAUAAGCAACCCGUUCUACUCGCCACCCUCGGGCGCCUGGAGCCACGCCCCAACGCCACAGAGUCAAACUUCAUACACUCAACUCUAAGGCUCGAGUUUCUGAGUCUCAAAUGUUGUAAAUAAAGACAGUGUACCUGAUCUACAAGUUUGUGAGUGUCAUACGCAUUUAUGUUUAUGCAUUCCGCGUGACAUAUUAAAUUUAGUUGUGUUUAUUACUGUAUA